AUGUCAAUGGUCCCAUUUGGUUCCUACCCUUUUGGUUCCUGCCCUUUGAUGGUCACUGCCUCUUCCCUUACUUCAACCUGUCGCAACUUCCCUGGAGAUGCCUUCUAUCCUAACGCCUCGGAGUGGGCUGUUUUCAAUGCGACACUUGGCGGGAGGCUCAUUGCCUCGGUACCUAUCGCUGCAAUCUGUCACCAAGAUCAUUAUGACAAGGCUGCCUGCGACAAUCUUCAGAAUAACUGGUACCUUCCCGAGCCCCACCUAGCCUCCUCCUCCUCUGCUAUGGCAUGGAUGUUCACGAACAACUCUUGCAACCCUUUUCUUCCAGAGUCAGCAUCAUGCACUUUGGGAAACUAUGUCAGCUAUACCGUCAACGCAACAUCCUCGUUACAUAUUAGUGAAGCUGUCAUCUUUGCUAAUCUGUUCAACCUUCGCUUGGUUAUUCGUGGAACUGGUCACGACUAUAAUGGCAAAUCUACUGGUGCAGGAGCACUUUCUAUAUGGACACAUUAUAUGACAUCUCUCUCUCUUAUUGAUUCAUAUAAAUCUACUGCAUAUAAUGGGAAAGCAGCAGUCCUUGGAGCUGGUGUAUCAUCUAUUCAGGCUUACCGAUUUGCUGAGGCAAAUAGCGGAACUAUAGUAGGAGGAAACUGUCCUACUGUGGCGUUGGCAGGUGGCUACAGUCAGGGAGGGGGACACGGCCCGCUUGCUACAAAGUUUGGUCUUGCAGUUGAUCAAGUCCUGGAAUGGCAGGUUGUAACCGGUACUGGAGCACUGGUUACAGCUUCACCAACUAGUCAUUCUGAUCUCUACUGGGCCCUUUCUGGAGGUGGAGGUGGAACCUAUAGUGUUGUUGUGUCGGCAACCGUCAAGUUUCACCCAAAGAUAAAGUCUAUCUCCUCUGCGACUUUGCAAUUUGCUACUCCAUCCACAGCGGAAGGUGCUACUGUAUACUGGAAUGCUAUCAAGGUGUUCUUGCAAUCGCUACCGGAAAUGGUUGACAGCGGUCUGCAACUUGUAUGGACCGCUGGUGCCGGUUUCUUCCUCGUGUCGCCAAUCGUCGGUCUUGAGAUUGAACAAGAUGUCAUUGAUAACCUUAUUGCGCCAACUCUUUCUACGCUCACUGCAGGCGGGAUUCCAUACGCUUAUGUAUCCUCAGUAUCUACCUCAUUUCUGAACUAUUAUCAGUCUGCAGGUUUCGGUGCCAAUGUCUCCAACGCCAAUACUGCUGGGCGAUUGAUCCCUCGUUCAGUAGUUCAAAACAGUACUGAUAGUUUCAUCUCUAUUCUUAAAUCUGUUGUCAACAACAACUAUGUCAUGGCUGGUGUCACUCUGGAUGUCAACAAAACCGUGGUUCCCGGCGCGCCAGAUAUUGCUGUGAACCCAUACUGGAGAAAAACGCUUAUGAAUGCUGUAUACGGAACUUAUCUCGAUUAUAGCAAUUUCCAAGCCAAUUUUGCAAGCCAAGACUAUAUGACCAACACUAUUGGGCCUGCACUAGCUGCUCUUACACCUAACGGAGCGGUAUACCUCAACGAAGCCGAUUUCCAACAACCUAAUUGGCAAACCGCGUUUUACGGCGCAAACUAUGGUCGUCUGAAUACGAUCAAAGCCAAGUACGAUCCGUUGGAUAGAUUUUACGCUCUGGGUGCGGUAGGAAGCGACCGUUGGACGCAACGAAUCGACGGUCGACUAUGCAAGGUUUAA